AUGACUAAAGUUCUACCAACAGCUCAACUAACUGCCGAAGCCUACCCAAAGGUUAAGAGAAAUCCCGACUUUAAGAUCUUGGAUGCAGAUGAUUUGAAGUUCUUCCAAACUUUCCUGGACAACGAUGAAUUAAUUCACUCGAGUAUCGCAGAAGAAACUGCAUCUUUCAACCAGGAUUGGAUGAAGAAAUACAGAGGUCAAUCAAAUUUAAUUCUCUUACCUAAAUCCACUGAAAAGGUUUCUCAAAUUCUAAAGUACUGUAAUGAAAAUAAAUUGGCUGUCGUACCCCAAGGUGGUAACACCGAUUUAGUUGGAGCCUCAGUUCCUGUUUUUGAUGAAAUUAUCUUAUCAUUGAGAAAUAUGAACAAGAUUAGAGACUUCAAUCAUGUUAGUGGUACUUUCAAAUGUGAUGCAGGUGUUGUUAUGCGUGAUGCUCACAAGUUCCUACAUGAUCACGAUCAUAUUUUCCCAUUAGAUCUGCCAUCAAGAAACAAUUGUCAAGUGGGUGGUGUUGUUUCUACCAAUGCAGGUGGGUUGAAUUUAUUGAGAUAUGGGUCUCUACAUGGUAAUGUCCUAGGUUUAGAAGUCGUCCUACCAAACGGUGAAGUUAUCAGUAACAUUAAUGCCUUAAGAAAGGAUAACACUGGUUAUGAUUUGAAACAAUUGUUUAUCGGUGCUGAAGGUACCAUUGGGGUUAUCACUGGUGUCUCUAUUUUAGCUGCCGCUAAGCCAAAGGCUUUGAAUGCCAUAUUUAUUGGUAUUGACAGUUUUGAUACUGUUCAAAACUUAUUCUUGAAAGCCAAGAACGAAUUAUCUGAAAUUUUGUCGGCUUUUGAAUUUAUGGAUCGUGGUUCCAUUGAAUGUACCAUUGAAUAUUUGAAAGAUAUGCCUUUCCCAUUAAAAAAUCAACAUAACUUUUAUGUUCUUAUUGAAACUUCUGGUUCCAUGAAGAAGCAUGAUGAUGAAAAAUUAGAAGCUUUCUUAUCAAGUGCAUUGGAGACUAAAUUAAUAAGUGAAGGUAACUUGGCCAAAAAUGAAGAAGAAUACAAUGCAUUGUGGACUUGGAGAAAAUCUGUACCACCUGCUUGUAAUUCUUAUGGUGGUAUGUACAAAUAUGAUAUGUCAUUGGAAUUGAAGGAUCUAUAUUCUGUCUCUGAAGCUGUCACAAAGAGGUUGAAUGCAGCAGGGUUGAUUGGUGAUGCACCAAAACCUGUAGUUAAAUCCGUCGGGUACGGUCAUGUUGGUGAUGGUAAUAUUCAUUUGAAUAUUGCUGUUAGAGAAUUUACAAAGGAAAUUGAAAAUCUACUUGAACCAUUUGUUUACGAGUAUAUUGCUUCCAAAAGAGGUUCUAUUAGUGCCGAACAUGGUGUUGGUUUCCACAAGAAGGGUCAUUUACACUACUCUAGAAGUGACAUAGAAAUCAGAUUCAUGAAAGAUAUUAGAAAGCAUUACGAUCCAAAUGGAAUCUUAAACCCAUACAAAUACGUUUGA